UGAAAUAACACGUAAUUUAAUUAUGUUUUAAAUGUAUAGAUUUUGACGAAUAUUUGUCGUUACUACUUUCCUAUACCGAAAAUGAAAUUGGAUAAGAUUUGUCGAACCUGUUUAUUGGAGAAGGCCAAUUUAAGGCCCUUGUUCGAAGCCUGCGUAGCGAACAUGCUUAUGUCCUGUGCUUCUGUUCAGGUGAUGGCAGGAGAUGGUUUACCUAACCAGAUAUGUACCCAGUGCUUGCAAAGCGUUAACAAAGCAUAUUCCUUCAAACAGUUGUGUGAAAAAUCGGACGUUACCUUACGAAACUAUUUAAACAUAAACUUGCAGACGAUUUCACUGCAAGCUGACACCAUGAUCAAUCAAGUCAAGACUGAUUUAUUUAGUACUAGCGAGGUUCUACAACAGAGUUCCCUCUUUCAAGAUAUAUUCAAUGACGCGACGACACAUUCCUUAGUCGAAACGUUCACAAAUCAGAAUGCCAGCACAGUUGUUUCUGAUUUGGCGGAAACCAUGCAGAGUUUACAGACGAUCGCCGAACAGUGUUUGCCGGAAUCCUGGGAAAGCGACGGGCAGAUAGUGCCCUGCAAUUCCCAAGAAGCUUCAGAUAACUUCAAUCUAGGGCCUUUCUAUAAGUGCCAGUUUUGCGAAGAUAUGUUUAAAGACGAGUGGUCUCUCGCUGAACACAUAAAAGGUCACACGGGCCAGAACAAGUACUUCUGUAAUAUUUGCAACAAGAUUUGCUACAGCUCGAAUGACUUAGAUAAGCAUAUCGUCGAGCACACUUUUCUCGAUUUGGACACUAUUAAGAAUAAUUUGGAACCUCCGAGAAUCAAGGAAGAGUUCAAAAAUUUUAUGUGCAAUAUUUGCGAUAGGGGCUAUACCGAUUCAAGGUAUUUAAAGAAACACUUGAAAGAGGUUCAUUUCAUCGAUACCGGACCUAUUAUUGAAUUAGAGAAGAAGCACGUGUGCAAUUUAUGCGGCAAGAGAUAUAAACAAAACAAACUGCUUCUGAUGCACAUGAGAACGCACACCGGCGAACGGCCUUUAAGCUGCGACAUCUGCGGCAGAACUUUCGCUUUGCCGAGUUCCCUGCACAAACACAGGAAUAUACACUGCGUGGAGAAAAAAUUCGAGUGUUCCGUCUGCGGUAAAAAGUUUAAUCAGUCUUCGAACUUGAAUAAUCACCUUCGCACGCAUACAGGGGAAAAGUCUCAUAUUUGCAGCAUUUGCGGUAAAAGUUUCCUGACGAAUAGCAGCCUCGACGUUCACGUGAGGAUUCACACCGGAAUAAAGCCGUAUACGUGUAACUUCUGCCAGUUGUCGUUUACAACCAGUACGCAAAUGAAGAAGCACCGAAUGAUCCACACCGGAGAGAAACCUUAUCCUUGCUGGCAGUGCGGUCGUUCGUUCCGCAGGAAAGAAACUAGGGAUACCCACGUCCGAUAUCAUACGGGGGAGAGACCGUUUUCAUGUAAUAUUUGCUCGAAGAAGUAUAUCGCUGCUAGUCAUCUAAGAGAACAUAUGAAGACGCACAGCGACGAUAGGAAGUUCGAAUGCAUCGUUUGUCUGAAGAAGUUCUUUGACGGAAAGACCUUGAAGUCGCACAUAAUGACCCAUACGGGACAGAAGCCUUACGCCUGUCAGUUCUGUGGCAAACAGUUUACUCAAAACGGCGGUUUACUCACACAUGUUAAAAAUUGUCACGGUCAAUAAAAUAUAAAAGAAUGA